CAGCGCAAUUGGCUGCACGUCGGACGCGACACCUCGCACCUCCACCGCGACAUUUCGAUUCCUGGCGACGUUGCUGCUGGCCGAGUGGCAUGCCGAGCGCAUAGCACCCAUCCGCCCCAAUGCAAUGCUACACUGAGCUGGCGCCGCCGACGGCCGUCAGCCAUGCCGUCACGCUGCCCUUUGUGUCGGCGCGCGCGACCAACCUCGUCGUCGCGAAGAACUCGCUGCUGCAGAUCUUCGAGCUGCGCUCCACCGUCACCGAGGUGCUGCCCGGCGAGGACGGUGCCGAGCACGCUGGAGCCAACCUCGACACCGAGGCGGCCGACGUGCAGGUGCAGCGCACCGAGAACACGUCCAAGCUGGUGCUGCUGGGCGAGUUCCCCCUCGCCGGCUCCGUCAUCUCGCUCGCGCGCAUCAAGGCGCUCAACACAAAGUCGAAGGCGGAGGCGCUGCUGGUGGCGUUCAGAGACGCGAAGCUGAGCUUGGUGGAGUGGGACCCGGAGAGCUACAACCUCCAUACAAUAUCAAUACACUACUAUGAGAACCCCGACUUGCCUGGCCUUGCCCCGUGGAGUGCUGAGCUGAAAGACACGCACAACUUCCUCACCGCCGACCCCAGCAACAGAUGUGCCGCCCUCAAGUUCGGCGCCCACAACCUCGCCAUCCUGCCCUUCCGCCAGCGCGACUUGGCCGAGGACGACUACGACUCGGACGACGACCGCAAGAACAAAGACGCUACCAGCGGCGAUACAGGCCACGCGACGCCCUACUCGAGCUCCUUCGUGCUGCCCCUGACGAACCUCGACCCCACCCUCACCCACCCUGUGCACCUCGCCUUCUUGCACGAGUACCGCGAGCCUACCUUCGGUGUCAUCGCCGCCUCGCAGGACGUCGCUCCGUCGCUGCUCGCCUAUCGCAAAGACAUCCUCACCUACACUGUCUUCACCCUCGAUCUCGAGCACAAGGCGUCGACUACGCUCCUCUCCGUCACCGGCCUGCCCUACGAUGUCAACAGGGUCGUGCCCCUGCCACAUCCCAUCGGCGGCGCUUUGUUGCUUGGAGGAAACGAAGUCAUACAUGUCGAUCAGGCUGGCAAGACUAACGGCGUGGCCGUCAAUGAGUUUGCCAAGGUCUGCUCGUCGUUCCCCCUGAGCGAUCAGUCUGAGCUUGCGCUGCGUCUCGAGGGCUGCACAGUAGAGCUAUUGUCUCAGGAGAAUGGCGAUGUUCUCAUCGUGCUGAAUGACGGAAGGCUGCUCAUUCUGACCUUCACUCUUGACGGACGUACAGUGUCUGGCAUGACUGUGCAACCUGUGGAUGCAGAGCAUGGUGGCCAUGUUCUUAAAGCUAGCGCCUCUUGCACAACGAGUUUAGGCCGUGGUCGAAUAUUCGUCGGCAGUGAAGAUGGCGAAUCGGCCUUGCUAGGAUGGACAGGUUCUUUGAGCCAGUUGAGACGGAGACAGUCAGAUGCCGGCCUUGACCAGGAUGAUGGCAUGUCGGAUUUGGAGGAUGAAGUCGACGAUCUUGACGACGAUCUCUAUAAUGACACCGCGCCGGCUGUGAAGAAAAUUACUUCUGCUGCUGCAGAACCCUCAGAACCAGGGUCGUACACAUUCAGGAUACAUGACGUCCUGCCGAGCAUAGCGCCCAUCAACGAAGUUGUUCUCCACCCCGGCAUAGAUACAGACUCAAUCAACAAGGGUGAAAUCGUCACUGCAACUGGUCGGGGCGCUGCCGGUGCCAUCACCAUUCUCAAUCGAGAAUUGCACCCUGUCAAGCUGGCGCAGACAGAGCUAGAGUCAGCGAAGGGUUUGUGGGCUGUGCAUGCAAAGAAAGCAGUACCUCAGGGUGUCUCUGCUGCGUUCGGCGAAGACACUGAAGCCAACAUGUCGUCUGAUGUUGACUUCGACCAGUAUCUGGUGGUGUGUCGAGCUGGUGAGGAUGGCAAUGAAGUCACCACUGUGUACGAAGUCAACGGUAAUGAACUCACAGCCACUGACAAGGGUGACUUUGAACGCGAAGAGGGGUCAACGUUGAGCGUUGGUGUGCUCGCGCGUGGUACCAAAGUCGUACAAGUCAUGCGUACUGAAAUUCGAACCUACGAUUCUGAGCUCAACAUGGAUCAGAUUCUGCCCAUGGAAGACGAGGAGUCGGGUGACGAAUUACGCGUCAUCAACGCCAGCUUUGCCGAUCCCUACCUUCUUAUCUUGCGUGAAGAUUCCAGCGUGAAGAUCUUCAAGGCGAGUGGUGACGGCGAGUUAGAGGAUGUUGAGGCUAGCGGGCUAUCUUCGACCAAGUGGCUCUCAGCAUCACUUUUCAGAUCGUCCACUUUCACGGAGGUCUUCGCUUUUCUGCUGACGCCCGAAGGAGGCCUCCAUGUCUUCGCCAUGUCGGAACUGGAGAAGCCGAGCUACGUCGCAGAAGGCCUGGGAUUCCUGCCGCCUGUAUUGACGGUGGAAUAUGUGCCCCGACGUAGUGCAGCCAAAGCGACCAUUACUGAGAUUCUGGCCGCUGAUCUUGGCGACGCGACGACUAGGUCACCACAUCUUAUUAUUCGAACUUCCACUGAUGAUCUUGUCAUCUACAAAGCUUUCCAUGCACCAGCAAGAUCUUCGGCUGAGUUGUGGACCAAAAACCUAAGAUGGGUCAAAUUGUCCCAGCAGCACGUACCGAAGUUCUCGGAAGAAGAGGUCGAACAAGCCUCAGAAGAAGUCAAGAUCGAGAGCACUCUCCUCGCGUUGGACAAUGUCUGCGGUUACAGCACUGUGUUCCAGCGAGGAGCGUCGCCAGCCUUCAUUUUCAAAGAGUCUUCAAGUGCACCUCGCGUCAUUGGCAUCAGCGGUAAGGCCGUGAAGGGCCUUACACGAUUCCACACAUCAUCCUGUCAACGUGGUUUUGCCUAUCUGGACACAACCGACACUCUCCGCAUCUCCCAAUUGCCCACACAGACACACUUUGGACAUCUCGGCUGGGCUACACGGCAACUGCCGUUCGGCUCUGAGGUCCACACCUUCACAUACCAUCCAAAAGGUCUUUACAUCGUGGGUACAGGGCAAUAUGAAGAGUUUGGUCUCAACCAUGAAGACACCUACCACGAACCGCUGCCGAAAGAAGACACUGCCUUCAAGCCACGCGUCGAGCGAGGUGUACUGAAGGUGAUCGACGAGAAGACUUGGACUGAAAUCGAUACACACAUUCUCGACCCUCAAGAAGUCGUGCUGUGCAUCAAGACGCUCAACCUCGAAGUGUCAGAAACUACUCAUCAGCGCAAAGAACUCAUCGCAGUCGGAACGUCCAUCGUCCACGGCGAAGACCUUGCCACGAAGGGAAACAUUCGCAUCUUCGAGGUGAUCAACGUCGUUCCUGAUCCCGACCGCCCGGAGACGAACAAGCGCCUGAAGCUAAUCGUCAAGGACGAGGUCAAGGGCGCGGUGUCCGCUGUCUCUGAGCUCGGCACCCAAGGCUUCCUGCUCAUGGCACAGGGUCAGAAGUGUAUGGUCAGAGGCUUGAAAGAAGAUGGCACAUUGCUUCCUGUUGCCUUUAUGGACAUGCAAUGCUAUGUUACCGGACUUAAGAACUUGCCAGACACAGGCAUGUUGUUGAUGAGCGAUGCCUUUAAGGGCGUGUGGUUUACAGGCUACACUGAGGAACCAUAUAAGAUGAUGUUAUUCGGCCGCAGCAAGCACCAGCUCGAAUGCAUCACAACUGAAUUCCUACCCUCGGACGACCAACUCCACAUCAUCGUCGCCGACGCCGACAUGAACCUACAGAUCCUCCAGUACGACCCAGAAAACCCGAAAUCCGCAGGCGGCUCGCGUCUGCUCCACAAAUCCACGUUCCACACCGGCCACUUCCCCUCCACCCUAACGCUCCUCGAGAGCGCGCUCAAACCGCCCUCCAGCACCGACUUCGCAAACGCCAACCCUUACGACGACGAAGAUAUGGCCUCGGAGCCCGACGCCGCGCUCCAGCCCCUCCGCCAGAUCCUGCACACCUCGCAGUCGGGCACGCUGGCGCUCAUCACCCCGCUGUCGGAGUCGAGCUACCGCCGUCUCUCCGGCUUGAGCGCGUUUCUGGCUAACGCCCUGGAGGCAGCGUGCGGACUCAAUCCGAAGGCGUUCCGGGUUAGUGAUGUGGAGGAUGGUGGGUGGGAUGCUGGGGGUGUGGGGCGUGGGGUCGUGGAUGGGAACCUGCUGAUGCGGUGGGGGGAGUUGGGGGAGUGGAAGAGGAAGGAGGGGCUUGGGAAGGUGGGGGCAGACGAGUGGGUAUUUUGGGGGGAGAGGGAGGUGCUUGGUGGGUGGGGAGUGUUUGGCGGCAGGGGUAGGUAG